UGACGGGAUCACUUUCUCCCAUCGAACCUUCUAGUUGCUUGUUGCAGCUUUGCCUUCUCAGUACUCUGCUGUUACUCAAGAAGGUACCAUCAAGAACAAGGACAACAUGGAAGCCAAGUCGCUAACUACCUGGUCCCAGACACUGGUGACUUUUGACGAUGUGCUUGUGGACUUCACCAGGGAGGAGUGGAAGCUGUUGGACGCUGCUCAGCAGAUCAUGUACAAAGAUGUGAUGUUGGAGAACUAUAAGAACCUCCUUUCCUUGGGGCAUCAGCUUCCUAAGCCAGAUGUGGUCCUUCGGUUGGAGAAAGGGGAAGAGCCCUGGCUGGCAGAGAGAGGGAUUCACCAAGAGACCCCUCCAGAUUUGGAGACUGCAGUUGAAAUUAAAUCAUCAGUUUCCAGUAAGAGCAUGGCUAAAGAUAAGCAAUCCUGUGACAUUAAAAAGGAAGGAAUGGCAAACAGUGAUCUCUGGUAUUUAUCAUUAGAGGAAGUCUGGAAAUGUGAAGACCAGCUGGACAAAUAUCAGGAAAACCAGGAGAGACAUUUGAGGCAAGUGGCAUUCACCCAAAAGAAAUUACUUAGUCAGGAGAAGGUCUGUGAAAGUGGUAAAUACGGGGGAAAUUGUCUUCUUCCUGCUCAGCUAGUACUGAGAGAGUAUUUCCACAAACGCGAUUCACAUACUAAAAGUUUAAGACAUGAUUUAGUUCUUAGUGGUCAUCAGGAAGGCUGUGCAAGCAACAGUAAUGAAUGUGGUCAAACCUUCUGUCAAAACAUUCACCUUAUUCAAUGUGGAAGAACUCACAUGGGAAAUAAAUCCUACCGAUGUCCUGAUAAUGGUAACUCUCUUGCUCAUGGUACAUCUCUUGGCAUAUCAAAGGGCAUACAUAGAGAGAAACCCUAUGAAUGUAAGGAAUGUGGAAAAUUCUUCAGCUGGCGCUCUAAUCUGACGAGGCACCAGCUUAUUCAUACUGGGGAGAAACCCUAUGAGUGUAAAGAAUGUGGAAAAUCUUUCAGCCGGAGUUCUCACCUCGUUGGACAUCAAAAGACUCAUACCGGUGAGGAACCCUAUGAAUGUAAAGAAUGUGGAAAAUCCUUCAGCUGGUUUUCUCACCUCGUUACCCAUCAGAGAGCUCAUACGGGGGACAAACUGUACACGUGCAAUCAGUGUGGGAAAUCUUUUGUUCAUAGUUCUAGGCUUAUUAGGCACCAGAGAACGCAUACUGGAGAGAAGCCCUACGGGUGUCCUGAAUGUGGGAAAUCUUUCAGGCAGAGCACGCAUCUCAUUCUGCAUCAGAGAACUCAUGUGAGAGUGAGGCCCUAUGAGUGUAAUGAAUGUGGGAAGUCUUACAGCCAGAGAUCUCAUCUCGUUGUGCAUCACAGAAUUCACACUGGACUGAAACCUUUUGAGUGUAAGGAUUGUGGAAAAUGCUUUAGUCGGAGCUCUCACCUUUACUCACAUCAAAGAACCCACACUGGAGAGAAACCAUAUGAGUGUCAUGAUUGUGGAAAAUCCUUCAGUCAGAGUUCUGCUCUCAUCGUGCAUCAGAGAAUACAUACUGGAGAGAAACCGUAUGAAUGUUGUCAGUGUGGGAAAGCCUUCAUCCGUAAGAAUGACCUCAUUAAGCAUCAGAGAAUUCAUAUUGGAGAAGAGACCUAUAAAUGUAAUCGAUGUGGCAUUAUCUUCAACCAGAACUCUCCAUUUAUAGUCCAUCAAAUAGCUCACACUGGAGAGCAGUUCUUAACAUGUAAUCAGUGUGGGGCAGCACUUAUUAAUAGCGCUAAGCUUAUUAGAUACCAAACAAAUCAUAUUAGAGAAAACAGUUACUAG